UCAAAGCACUGUAGGCGGCACAACUGUUGCACCAAAUUUCACUUUUAUUGUACAAGUGGUUUUUUCAGCAACCGUGAUGACUACUCUAACUGUGCCAACAAUCCUCUCGGACUACUAGUGGAUCAAAAUGGAACAGCCACUGGAAUAACGGAGUACCAAGCACUCGGAUAUACGAAAAUCUUCAAUCAAUUCGAUUUUUCUUGCGGCGCUGGUUUCACUGAGUUUGCCAACAACGACGAUUGUGCGGCGAGUGUAUUUCUCAAUGGCGUCGCCGAUAUGAGGACAUGCGACAAAAACUUUGCUGCUUCCAUUGCAAAGGACCCAAAUGUUAUGAAUAGAUGC